AAAAGCUCAAGCUUUUCAUUUUAUGCCCUGUGUUUCCUUGCUCAUUACUCUUUUAAUUCUGCUAGUUGGGCUAUAAAACAAUCAAUUGAGCCUUGUCUUGCAUGUACUUUUGCCCCCCAUUAGUUGGGCUAUAAAGCAAUCAAUUGAGCCUUGUCUUGCAUGUUUAAUUUGCUCUACAGAUCUUCGUUGGGCUAUAAAGCAACCAAUUGAGCUUUGUCUUGCUUGCUUAAUUUGCUCUGCAAAUCUUUGAUUUUACCACCCAUUAGUUGGGCUAUAUAGCAAUCAAUUGAGCCUUGCGUUUCCUUGCUCUUUACUCUGUUUUCAUUCUGCAGCAACUGUAAUUUGCUGUUGAUCAAUGGUGGGAAGCACAGUAGCAGUGAAAAAACUAUGGAAAUCUCUACUGACCUCUGUAACUACAAGCAGGAGAGUGGUGAAACAGAAGCUGAAGAAGAAAAGAUUCGGAAUUGGAUCUGCCAAAAGGCGUAGAGAGAAAUAUGGUCAUUACAACUUCUCGGAUGAUGAUGAAACUACAAGCCGAUUCAGAAAAAGACUGCGCAAGUGGAAAAUAAAAGGCAUGUCCUGCUUGAAUGGGAGAGCUGAUAUCGAAUCCGGGAAUGCCCAAUUUGUGUACGUGACAGAUCUCUACCGUCCGCCAUCGUCUUUCACAGUGGAUUGCCAUGAUCCAGGUGUCAAAUCUGAGGAGCCUCGUAAAGGAAUCCAAGAUGCCCUUUUUAUGCCCCACACACAGAAUAACACAUUUGGGAGAUCUGGUGAUGUGAAAAUGAAGGCGGCAGAGUGUUCAUCUUCAAGGGGAACAGUUUCAUCAUCCAAGACAGAAUUGAAGGGCUUGUGCUGCGAGGAAUCGGAGAAAGGCAGGAGGAAGAAAAUUGACAUGAGUGAGUUUGGAGAGGAAGUGGAUAGUGAUGCAGAGUUGUUUAUUGCUAAGUUCUAUGAUCAAAUUAGGUUGCAGAGGCAGAAAUCUAUAGUUGAAUAUGGGCAGAUGCUGGACAGAGGCACUAGUUCCAGCUAGCACUUGCAGUGACUGCAACUGUUUGUUUUGAAUUUCUGUGCUUUCUUUAUGUAUAAUUUGGUUUUCAUCAGAUUUUGAUUUGUUUAAGUCGUUUAUGUGAAAUCAUAUUAAUAUGUGGGUCUGGUUGGAGAAGCUAGUGUGAUGUGAGAUGAGCCACUUAAGAAAGUCAAAAUCUAGUGUGUGCUGUUUAAGCUUGUUUGUGUGGCAAGGCAGGGUGCCCUCAUGACAAUCAAGAAAGUGAGAUGUGUAUGAAGAUGUCAGUAUUGGUGUCUAUAUUAUUUGUAAUAUUUGUUUUUUUUGAGGUAGGGGGAGAGGGGAGAGCGAGCCAAUGAAUAAGUGUCUAAAUUAUCAUUUUUAAAAUAGUGUAAACAUAUUCUCAUAAAAAGAAGGGUGUUUGAUAUGGUGGAUAGUUAGUGA